CGUUGGAUGCAAAUUCAUACUUCAUCUGCUCAUACCAUAAGUAAGUGCGAAUCAUUUUAGCAUUUAUCUCCAUAAGCUUAAGAGGCUCUUUUAAGUUUAAAAAAAAUACGGAACAUUGGAUGUGAAAAGAAAAGUGAUCUGAUAGACGUUAAAAAAAUCACUACAAAUAAUCAUGACAAUCCAUCAAACGUGUCUGAAGUUCAUAUGGAAUAGGUUGUAAAACAUCCUCCAUAAAAUGAAUUUAUGGGAUCUCAAAAUUUCUCGUUUAUUUAGAAGUAUUCAAUUGAUAUUAUGAUAUCAAGUUCCAAAUAGUUAUUGGCAUUUAGAAGUUCUUUAGCUCCAGAUGAUCCUACACCUGAUUUUUCAGAUGCCCUUUCGAGUGAGAGAAAAUAAAUCUGUGAAACUGCAUAAAAUCAACAAUUCUUUCCAAAAUAGUUAAAGCCAAUGUAAACCUUACAAUCCUAGGAUCUUAAUCAACUAAAUAAAUACAUAAAAAAACCAACUCAAGAAAAAGAGAACAAGAUUAAUCACCUUUCGAAAAAUAAUUACCAUUUAAAUAGAUUAAGCGAUUUAAUAUCGAAAGAAAUCACCAAGAACAACUAACCACAGACAUCAAACAAUAUUAGAAAAAAUUCACACACAAGCAUAAAUACUCACAAUACUUCAUAAACAAAAUGCAAUAUAUCCACCUAAUAAGAUUAUCUGUAUCAGAAAGCAAUAUUCUAGCAAGAAAAGUUAAAGACUUUCAUCGAGAAAGGCCAAAUAAUGAAUAAUGUAAAGGAGAUGAAGGAAUGUACCUUUAAUCCGAAGAUCAAUCAGAAAUCUAAGAUAAUCAAUUCAAGUAAUUUUUUUGAUAGACAAAAUUCAUGGAUGAGAAAGAAGAAUGAUAAAAUAUCAUAGUAAGUAGAAAUCUAAAAAGAGAAAGCAACUAGAGAAGUAAAUAUUCAAUUACAUUGUAGUGCACAUUCAGUCCAAAUUAUAGAGACAACAGUAAUGUUAGAAUCAAUAGUUGUGAUGUUUAUUAUAGAAAUCUGCAAUGGCAAAAUAAAAUGAAUAGAAAGAAAUAGCAAAUGAGAAAUUCGAUGAUUGAUUUUAACAAUCAUGAUAUAAAAAAUAGCUCCAGUAAAAUGCAAAUGCAACGAUCUAAUUCUACAUAAAUGAUUCAUUCAUAAACUGAUUUAAAAUAACUGCUUGAAAUUUAAUUGAAAUUCGAUGCUCCUAAAUAUAUCAAAAGUGUUACUCCAACCCAUUAAGCUACAGAAACUACAAUAACUCCUAAUUCUCAAUGUGGAUAUAUGGAACUUGGAAAGCGAAAAAACAGCAUCGAGUAGAUUGAACAAAAAUACAAAAUGCUUUAUGAUUUGGUGUAGAGUGUAUCUAAGAAUCCAUCAAAAAAGAAAAAAUGA